GAUGAUGCUACUUGGAUCCUCACCAGUGCCUUUAUCAUAUUUACUAUGCAAUCAGGUUUUGGGCUUCUAGAAAGUGGUAUGGCUACCAGAAGAAAUGAAGUAAACAUUAUGAUGAAGAACGCUAUAGAUGUUAUAUUCGGUGGUUUAUUGUAUUGGGCAUUUGGUUAUGGUAUAAGUUUCGGUACCAGUAAAGGCAGUAAUGGGUUCACCGGGUGGGGCAGCUUCUUUCUAGACCCAGAUGACGAUACAAUGGGAACAGAAUUUUCAAAGUUUACAUUUCAAGCAUCAUUCGCAACGACGGCUACCACAAUUGUUUCUGGCGCAAUGGCAGAGAGAACCAAACUACAUGCUUACAUCAUAUUCUGUCUCACAAACACAUUGGUGUAUUCUUUCCCAGCACAUUGGGUAUGGGCAGAUAAUGGCUGGUUGAAACAGCUACAUGUCGUGGAUGUAGCCGGUGUUGGUCCUGUUCAUCUUGUUGGAGGAGUUACAGCUCUCAUUGCAGCUGUCAUGUUGAAACCACGUUAUGGUCGUUUUGAUUCCAAGCAGCAAUUAAAGAGUUCCAGUCCAGUCAACAGCCUUCUUGGCUUGUUCAUUCUGUGGUGGGGAUGGUUAGGAUUUAACUGUGGUAGUACAUUUGGUAUUUCUGGUGGCAAAUGGAAAUUGGCAGCUAAGGCAGCAGCAACAACAAUCAUGGCAUCAUGUGGUGGAGGAAUAACAUCAUUCAUUAUCAGCUAUUUGUUCCAUAACAAGAAAGUUAAUGUUAGGAUCAUAACAAAUGGAAUUUUGGGAUCUCUGGUGUCUAUCACAGGUAUUUGUGCUGUAACUUACUGUUGGUCAGCAAUCAUAAUUGGAUCAAUAGGGGCUAUCGUGGAAGCCAGUGGGGAGGCUCUCCUCGUCAAAUUGAAAAUUGACGAUCCAGUCGGUGCUACAUCAGUUCACUUCUUCUGUUCCAUCUGGGGACUUCUAUGUUGUGGUCUAUUUGCCAGAUUUGACAAUAUUCAAAUGUUCUCAGCUUACACGGGUUUAUUUCUGGGCGGUGGGUUUGAGCUGUUGGGAAUUCAGUGCUUAGCAAUUGCUUCAAUCAUAGGCUGGUCAGCUAUUAUCUCAUAUAUCAAUCUUAAACUGCUGGAUUUCGUUAUUGGUCUCCGAGUAGAUGUCGAGGAUGAACUUUUAGGAGCAGACGUCUCAGAACAC